GUGAAACCUCUGCUUUGCAAGUUGUAACUUAUUAGGAUUUGGAAUUUGUUUUAUGUAUAUUGCUUAGACAUUUAAUCUAGUUUGGAUUAUGGAUUCUUACGAAAGUGUUUUGCUCGUUAAAAAUGAAGUUUUCGUGUUCAAAGUCCCACCUAUCACUACUAACAGAGGGCAUAAAGCUGCGGACUGGAACCUAUCUGAUCCACAGUGGACUGGUCGAAUGCGUCUAGUAGCCAAAGACAAGGAAUGCGUCUUGAAAUUGGAAGAUAAAACCAGUGGUGAAUUGUUUGCAAAAUGUCCUAUAGAUAAGUAUCCUGGACUAGCGAUUGAGCCUGUAUCAGAUUCCUCUCGUUAUUUUGUGCUUCGAAUUCAAGAUGAUAAUGGACGUUCUGCUUUUAUUGGAGUUGGAUUUUCAGAUCGCUCUGAUAGUUUUGAUCUCAAUGUAGCAUUACAGGAUCAUUUCAACUGGUUGAAAAAAUCUGAAGAGAUAGAAAAAGAAAAGGAUGUUCCUAAGCCUGAACUUGAUUUAAAGUUUAAAGAGGGGGAGACAAUAAAAAUUAACAUGAAAAUAACUAAGAAGGAUGGUUCUGAAGCAAGUGCUAAACCUAAAUCGAAACCGAGUGGGGGUGGUCUGUUACCACCACCUCCUGGCGGAGUUAAGAUAGCUCCACCACCUGCGCCAUCCAUAACAUCGUCUCCCUCCCAUCAGGCACCACCUCCUGCCAAACCUGAGUCUUGGGGUGAAUUUGCCUCUGCUCCAAGCCCUAGUCCUGGGGCUGCCACUACUCCAAGUAAUCCUAAUUGGGUCCAGUUCUAACAUGUCCUUGCGGUCUUGGAUAAGUGUUGACGCAUAUAUAUAUAUUUUUUUUUAUUUUUUGUUGAUUGUUAACACUUAAUUUCAACCCAGCGUCUGAUAACAUUUAUUAUUUUAAAUUUCUUUUAAAGGAAUAAGAAUCUGCAUGGCUUUUAUUUUAUAAAUUUACCAGUUAGUAUUAAUUUAAUAAAUUUACUUAUUGUUUUAUUUAUAUACAUAUAUGUAAAUUUGUGUAUGUUUGUAUAUGCCUAUAAACGUACAUACAUAUAUACAAAUUACUUAAUAAUUUAAGUUGUUUCUUUAUUUUAAAAUGAUAUAUUUUGUUUGUAUUUUUUCUUUUUUCUUUUUUUUAUACUGUUAAAGAUGUAUAGAUAUGUUGAAGUAUUGAGAUGUAAAUUUAUUAAAGAUACAUGAAGGAUGUAUAAUACUUAUUAUAACACCAUUGUAGUUAUUUAUUAGUAGAGGCAUGACAAUUGUCAUCUGCGAGAGAAAACUAAUUUAAUAGAGAUAAGAAAUUAAUCUAAACGAAAAUUGCUUCCUCUACGGUGACCAUUAGAGUUGUGAUAAAGUACAUAGCUACGUUUGUUCAAAUGAUUUUCCAGAAACAAUUUUCCACUAUUUUUUGGGUGUAUUAUAAAUUAUGUAUGUAUUUUAGAAUCAUUUUUGUAUCAAUAUAUUGUUAAUAAUAGAAUAUUUUGCUUAGUAGGGCAAAAUUAAAAUAAUUAAAAAAUCGAUAAAUAAAAAAAAAGCAAUAUAUUUAUAUGAUAUAAUAAUUUUUGUUGUGAUAUAAGCCCAAAAUAAAAAUGUAUCGAUAGUUAUCUAUCUUAAGGGCAUUAUCGCUCUUUAUGUUUCAUUAUUGUUUAAUCAUUCCAGAAUAUUUAAAAUGUUGACUUCUCUUAGAGUAUAUAUCAUAAAUAAUGUGAUAAAAUUGAAUCAAUAAAUACAUAGCAAACUC